CUCCAUUCUCUGCCCCCCGGCGCCGGCUCCGCGCGGGCCGGGAGCGGCCGUGCGGCGGGGAGCCGCCUUCCCUGACGCCGGGCACCUGGACGCUCGCGAGAUGCCCAACCCCAAAAACAGCAAAGGCGGCCGCAAAAACAAGCGCGCCAACAGCAGCGGCGACGAGCAGGAAAAUGGAGCCGGGGCCCUGGCAGCGGCGGGCGCGGCGGGCGCGGCGGCCGGGGGGGGCCUGGCGGCGGCGGCGGCCGGCUGCGGGGCGGCGGCGGCGGGCGCGCCGGGCACCGGGGGCGCGGCGGGCGCCGGAGGCGCGGGGACUGGCGCCGCCAACGCCGCGGCCGCCGCGGGGGCUGCAGCGGCGGGCGACGCCAGGAACGAAGCCCCUUGUGCCACACCCCUGAUCUGCAGCUUCGGGAGGCCUGUGGACCUAGACAAGGAUGACUACCAGAAAGUGGUGUGUAACAACGAGCACUGCCCCUACAGCACCUGGAUGCACCUGCAGUGUUUCUACGAGUGGGAGAGCAGCAUCCUGGUCCAGUUUAACUGCAUCGGCCGCGCCCGCAGCUGGAACGAGAAGCAGUGCCGCCAAAACAUGUGGACAAAGAAGGGCUACGACCUGGCCUUCCGCUUCUGCUCUUGCCGUUGUGGACAGGGCCACUUAAAAAAGGACACAGACUGGUACCAGGUGAAGCGGAUGCAGGAUGAGAAAAAGAAGAAGGCUGGGUCAGAGAAGAACACGGGGAGGCCCUCCGGCGAAGCAGGGGAGGAGGCCAAGAAGUGCAGGCCGCCGAACAAGCCCCAGAAAGGCCUGAGCCACGACCUCCCCCGGCGGCACUCCAUGGACCGGCAGAACUCGCAGGAGAAGGCGGUGGGCACAGUGGCCUACGGGGCGCGCUCGCCCUGCGGCUCCCCGGGCCAGUCGCCGCCCACCGGCUACUCCAUCCUCUCCCCCGCCCACUUCAGCGGCCCCCGCUCCUCCAGGUACCUCGGGGAAUUCCUCAAGAAUGCCAUCCAUUUGGAGCCUCACAAGAAGGCCAUGGCGGGGGGCCACGUGUUCCGAAACACCCACUUUGACUACAGUCCGGCUGGGAUAUCCGUGCACAGGGGGGGCCACUUCGACGCACCGGUGCAGUUCCUGCGGCGCCUGGACCUGUCCGAGCUGCUCACUCACAUCCCCAGGCAUAAGUUGAACACUUUCCACGUGCGGAUGGAAGACGAUGCCCAAAUGGGCCAGGGCGAGGAUCUGCGGAAGUUCAUUCUUGCAGCCCUCAGCGCCAGCCACAGGAACGUGGUAAACUGUGCCCUGUGCCACCGGGCGCUCCCGGUGUUCGAACAGUUCCCUUUGGUGGACGGAACUCUGUUCUUGAGCCCAUCGAGACACGAUGAGAUCGAAUAUGAUGUUCCGUGUCAUCUUCAAGGGAGACUCAUGCACCUAUAUGCGGUGUGUGUAGACUGCCUGGAAGGGGUUCACAAGAUCAUCUGCAUCAAGUGUAAGUCGCGAUGGGAUGGCAGCUGGCACCAGCUGGGCACCAUGUACACCUACGACAUCCUAGCCGCCUCUCCGUGCUGUCAGGCCCGCCUGAACUGUAAGCACUGCGGGAAGCCUGUGAUAGACGUGCGGAUUGGGAUGCAGUACUUCUCCGAGUACAGCAACGUCCAGCAGUGUCCGCACUGUGGGAACCUGGACUACCAUUUCGUGAAGCCAUUUUCCUCCUUCAAAGUUCUUGAAGCUUAUUGAUGAAAGCUUUGCUUUAGUAAUAGCUAUUUUAUUGACUUUAUUUCUUUAUUACAUAUCUUUUAUAGGGAAACAUUCUGUGACAUUACCUUCUUUUCUAAUUUAAAGGAGGGUUCCUUUGCGUAUGUGUGCCACUAACAUGGGGUUGGCCCCUUGCCCUCUCUCAACUCCUGAGUGUUAGUCUGUGGUCCCUAUGAGAGCCCAAACAGAUGGUUCUGGGGUAGCGGUUCACUGUCAUUAGGUGUGGUGGGGAGGAUAGGGUGAACUUAACUAGCAAAGGGAUUCUGUGGUUAGGAACUAAAAGCAUAGUAGGAGUUGGAAGGAAAGUCUUAUUAAAAUGUUAACUGUCCAAAGACCCACUUUCAGAUCUUCUCUGGGCCCUGGGAAAACCCCGUGACGUGUGAAUGUAAGUCUGUGCCUGGGGAUCUGACAGCGUAGUAGUCGCCUGGGUUCUGUGUUCAGCUGUGCACACUGACUCACAGAUCGUUCAAAGUGGACAUGAGUGCUCCUUCUAUCACUGUUGUGAUUUAGCAGGCAGUUUUCCUACUGAAAAUAUAUCCAAAUCAUAAGACAUAAGAAAACCAAUGGUGUUAACGGAUAUUUGUAGGUAAAGUGACCUGUAACAGAGAGAAUAUGCUAAAUGAAUUUGGAAGUGAUGCAUACUGACUCCAGGGGCCAAGAACACGCAGAAUCCUGUCCUUGGAAUUGUGUCCUUGAAGUUGGUCAAAUGAGCUCAUAAGGAGAAUCCACGAAUGACCUGGUUUGGGUAGUAUGGUUGUAUGUCGGCUGCGCUGUCGAAGUGCUGUUUGAUGUCACAUCCUUCUCACAGGUCAGUCCCACAGCCAUAGACCCUAACUGGUGGUUUCAGAACCAUCAUUACCAUGCUUUGUCUUCCACAAAAUUGUUAUGGCCACAUUUUACCCAUUUGAUGCUGUUUUCCAAAUCAUAGGUUUGACUUUAAGAAAGAAAGGAAAAAAUUGCUUGUGAGGAUGUGAGGAAGAUGAUAAUUUUAAUAUUUUACUUUAAAGUGUGUUUCAUUUUUCAAAACCACUGAUUGUAAUGUGUUAACGUUAUGUUUGAAAAUAGAUCGUUCUGAAGCUCUCCAUGAUACUUAACCAGUAGUGAAAAAAGAUGAUAAUUUAAAUAACUUGAUUAAUCAGAGCAUUGGGCUUUCCAAAAACCAGCCUUUUGUUAAUUAGAGCUUGAGGAUUUAAAUAGACUGACAUCCCAUAUCGUCAUAGAAUUGGAAUUGGAAUAUGACUUCUUAUAAGUGCAUUUGAUAAUUUCAAGUCUUACACACAUAUGCUAGUAAAAUGCUGAAAAUACAGUCUUUUAUGGAUAGCCAAAUUUGGGGUUAUAUGAACAGUUUGUAUGACUCAUUUGGUUUAUGCCAUUUUUUUUUCCCUCAGAAAAACAGCUGUUUUUCCUCUCAGAAGUGUUUAGGUAUUACUGCAAGCAAGUUUCAGUUCUACUGUAUGAAAUAUUUGAUGUUUUGUUUGAAACGAGAGCAUUGAAGAAUCAGUAUAUCGACUAAUUCUUAUCUUUCAGUUUGGAUGAUUAUACUUCGGUUUACUGCAUCUAGUUUGGUGUUUGAUGGUCUGAAAAAUAUUUCACAGUGGGGCGAAAUGCUCAAUGCCUCUGCGAAGCCACAAAUCGAUAUUGCUCUGACAGUAUUCAAUGCAACUGCAAAGAUCUGUAGGACAUAGCCCUUGCAAAUUUGUCCUUAAUACACAAAGCUGCAUUUGUGAAUUAACUGGUUCCCCAUUGAUUCUCUCAUGUACCAAGUAUAAAAAUUGGUAAGUUUCUCAUGUCCUGAGAGUAAUAUUUGGAUUUCAGUUCUGAAUUUCCAACGGAUAGUAAAAUAUUUCUAAUGCUAUUUCUUAAUCCACUUAAGAUUUUAUCCCUAUUAUUGCUUAUUAUUGAUGUUCUGGAUCUUAGAGUUUAUGUAUAGAUCCCAUUCACAAGCCCCUUGGCCUAAAACUGCUGUGAAUGUGUUAUCUGAUGCAUACUGUAUUUUCUCCUCCUUUUGGUUUCUACUCUCUGAAAAAUAAGGAGGAGAAGAUUUAUCCUGUAAUUAGAUAAAGUUUGCUUUUGGCCUUUCUUUGGACAAGAAAGUUAGGAUUCUGUGGAUGCUGUAGUUCUGUAAAAGGAGAGGCAGAGUUAUCAUCUGAGGGUAUUGUUUGCCUUUAAAGCAUCACAUUCUCAGCUAAAGUAGAAAAUCUGGCUUAUUUGAGAAUAAAAUAUAAUGAAUAUGCAAUAGUGUGGAGAAUAAAUCUUAGUUUGGAAAUCUGCUGACCUGAGUAUUUUCACCACACUUUAUCAAAGUACCUUGCUCUGAAGACCUUGGUGGAAAUUGGAGCAUGUCAAAAAAAAAAUGACUACUUUUAUUAUGGUUUGGAUAUUAAAGGAUAUCAUCACCCAAGAGAUCCAUUUUCUGUGUUUCUGAUAAAUAGUGUUCAAUAAAAUGAACCACUCAGAAGUGUUUAAUAAUUUCAAAGUGAUUUUUCAUCUGUUCUAACUUUUUUUUUCCUAUCAUUUAUUUUUAAGAGUUCUGUACCUGGAACAAAUAAAGUUUUACCUGCUUGAGUUCAGUGAGAAACCAUUUCUGAUGGCUUUAUCAUUUCCUCUUCAGGCUGACUCAGUUCUCUACUCUCUUCUUGUUGCAUCUGAAGCAAGUGAUACACCGAGUUUAUCAACUGCUUGAAUAAAAGAUAGACGUUGGCCGUGAAAUUGAGGAGUGGAGUGUAUUAUUCUAAGUGAGAAAGAGCUCUCCCUAGUCCUAAUUUCCAGUUUUUGCAAAGGAAAUUUAUUUUCAGAGUAAAAAGUAUUUUCAUAUCUUUUGAGGGGACGUUAGCUCAUCAGGAAAGAAUAUUAUUAGGUGUUUAAAUACUAACAUUUAGGGUGAUGCAUAACUUAUUAGACCCUGAAAACUAAUUUGCUGAAAUCUGUUUUGUCCUGUAAGACCAACCCUUAACCUACAGUCUGUUUUUCUGUGCUCAGGUCAGGACCUCCACUUGGCUUUUCCUCUUUGGUCUCCCGUUUGCAGCUCUUAAACAGUUUUAGUUGGACUUUUGAGGAGGACUUGAGGAGAAAGUGCAUCUGUUCAGUGUUUUGGUUCCUUUAAUAGGAUGCUGCCUAACCCAGCUCAUUUCUAUGUCCUGUUGACUUUGUUAUUCUUGCAGGUAAUUGAAAGAAAAUGUCAUGGAUGGGCGUCAUUAAAACCAGCUCAAAAAUAUAUUCCUGUCCUAAAGAUUUCUUGUCAAGAUGUCUUGGAUUGCACUUUUGUUGAGGGAAGACAGUGUAAAUAGUUAAAGAAUGUUGAUAAAACUGAAACAUUUGGUUAUGGAAUUGUGUGUGGUGUUUGAAGGUUUCUGUUUGUGAAAUGUAUGUAUUAAAAAUAAUAAAAUUUCAGAAACUAAUAUUGUA